CACGAGGAUCCUGCCUGCGGGACCCUCCACUUUGUUGGCAUCGCAGCAAGCAGCGGCGCGGUACGGUCGCGUACGGGGACGGGAAUACGGGAUGCGAUCCAAUCGGAGUGUUCCAGUCCAGCGAGCGCACGGCCGCGCGACAAGCCUUGCUCGGCGCGGAGGAGGCAGGUGCCAACUGUGCGUGAAUGAGGCACGAUCUGACAGCCGCUGGACGUGAGAUUUCCGGACAGGAGAACCGCGCUGCCACACCCCCCCGCACGGCCCCUGCGGCGCGAUGCGCUAUCCAUCCAUGGCCACGAUCCGUCCGUGCCAUGCCGAUCCCGCCUGCGGCUCAGCAGCGACUCCACGGGCCACGGCCGCGGGGGGGAUUCACCGCAUCGCGAUCUCCGAUCCGAUCCGAUCCCGCCCGAUCCUCGCGCCAUCUUUUCUUUUUUUUUCUUCUUCUAUAGUGUGUAGAUAGUGUGCAUAUAAAUAUACCCACACUGUUCCUCCGGUGAUUGCAUCGUUGGCAGCGCCAUUCAUCCAUUUGUCUUUUUGAUUUGUUUUGACCUGAGGGCAAGGCAGGGCAGAACAGAGAGCAUUCGUCUCGAUCAACCAGAUCUCGAUCAAUGGAGGUGGCGGGGGCUUGCUGCCACGCCGGCGAGGAGAGGAAGGUGGCUGUGCCUAUCGGCAACGAUGCGGAGGUGGAGCCAUGCGUCAUCGCCGUGGACGACAGCUCCGUCGACCGCGCCAUCGUCACCGCGCUCCUCCGGCGCUCCAAGUACAGAGUCACUGCGGUUGACAGCGGGAAGAGGGCGCUGGAGAUACUGGGCUCGGAGCCGAAUGUGAGCAUGAUCAUCACAGACUACUGGAUGCCAGAGAUGACCGGCUACGACCUGCUCAAAAAGGUCAAGGAGUCUUCGAAGCUGAAGCGGAUCCCAGUGGUGAUCAUGUCCUCAGAGAACGUGCCCACCAGAAUCACCAGAUGCCUUGAGGAAGGCGCGGAGGACUUCCUGCUGAAGCCGGUCAGGCCGUCCGACAUCUCCCGCAUAACAACCAGGAUGCUGCUACACUGAACUUCUUUCACCAGUGGCCACCCAAGCCAGGCGUAGUGUUUUCAAUUCAAGUCACAGUAGAGGUAUAGGAACGGAGUCAAUUUAGGGUAGCAAUUAGCCGCAGGAAGUUUGAUGUAAUGUGGCCUUUCAUUCAUUAGUGCUUCGAGCUUUCUUUGGCGUCUUACUCGAUCAAGAACAGGCAGGGAUUAGUUGUAGGGUUCCAGUUCCAGAAGUAGCGACUUUGUUGUCUUAAGUAUAACGAAUCGUGAAAGUGUAAAUCACUGCACGAAUCAUUCUGUUAAAGAGGAACAUUACAAUUUACAUUGGCUUA